AGCCGCUGCAGGUGGGCGGGGCCGGCGGCGGGACGUUGCGAAUCGUUGCCCGCGGAGGGCUGAGCCCGCUCGCCGCCUCCACUCCCGGCUUCCCCGAACCGGCGCCGGCGCUUCAUGCAGAAUGGAGCGGGGGACGGCCGCCGUCCGCGGGGGCACGCCGAGAGCUCCUCCAAGCCUGACGGCGAGCUGCCGCUGGGGACGUGCCCCGACAUGUGCCCGGCAGCCGAGCGCGCCCGGCGGGAACGCGAGCACCGCCUGCACCGCCUGGAGGUGCGGCCGGGGGGCGGCGGAGACCGGCCCCGGGCCGACCCGCGCCGCGCCGUGAAGGAGUACAGCCGGCCGGCCGCCGGCAAGCCCCCGCCGCCGCCGAGCGAGCUGCGCCCGCCGCCGGUGCUGCUGGCCACCGUGCGCUACCUGGCGGGCGAGGUGGCCGAGCGCGGCGACGCCUCCCGCGCCGAGGUGGCCGGCUUCGUGGCGGACCGGCUGCGCGCCGUGCGGCUCGACCUGGCGCUGCAGCGCGCGGGCGGCCGGGAGAGGGCGCUGGUGCUGGAGGCGGCGCUGGCCGUGCUGCUCGCCGUGGCGGCGCGGCUGCGGCCCGACGUGGCGCCCGGGGGCCCGGCCGAGCCCGCGCUGCUGCAGGCGCAGGUGCAGGAGGGCUUCGGCUCGCUGCGCCGCUGCUACGCGCAGAGCCCCGGGCCGCACCCCCGCCAGGCGGCCUUCCAGAGCCUCUUCCUGCUGUACAACCUGGGCUCGGUGGAGGCCCUUCACGAGGUUCUGCAGCUGCCGGCUACUCUGCGCUCCUGCCCGGCCCUGCGCAGGGCCCUGGCCGUGGACGCGGCCUUCCGAGAAGGCAACGCCGCCCGCCUGUUCCGGCUGCUCCGGACCCUGCCCUACCUACAGAGCUGUGCGGUGCAGUGCCACGUGGGCCUUGCCAGACGCCGCGCCCUGGCCCGUCUCGCCCGUGCCCUGAGCACCCCCAAAGGCCAGGCCUUGCCCCUGGCCUUCAUGGUCCACCUCCUGGCCCUCGAUGGGCCUCAGGAAGCCCUUGACCUGUGCCGGGCCCACGGACUACCCUUUGACGGGGAGGAGAGAGUUGUGUUCCUGAGGGGUCGCUACACUGAGGAGGGGCUGCCACCUGCUGGGACCUGCAAGGUGCUGGUGGAGAGCAAACUCGGGGAGCGCACCCUGGAGGAGGUGGUCAUGGCAGAGGAGGAGGAUGACGACAGACCCAAGUCCCCAGGAUGAAGAGGACCUGCAGCCUUCCAGGGCCCAGAACUGACUCAGGACACUCGGGGUUUUUUCAUGACUCCUAGACAAUAAACUGAACUUGUUUUGUGUGGAA